AUGAUCAAGCACACCUACAAAGAGAAGGAGGACCUGAAUGUAUGUGCACUCCAUGGUUCACUCUUUGGUGGUGUGGGUCCUGCAGCAGCAGCAUGGGAGCUGUCACAACACCUUCAGGCUGGUGGUGAUACCAAUGACAAUGACAGCAGUGACCAGGCUGGCUCCAGCACAAUGCACCAAGCACAUACCUCUUGUGUGCCUCUUGGCAGCCACUUGGAUAGCCACACAAGUGACCAAGGCAAUGCUGAUCCAAGCUAUGAGUGGAUGCACCAAGCCACCAGCAUCCCUUUCCUCUCACAGGUACCCCUUUCUUUUGCUUCAACAUCGACUCCAUUGUCCUCAACAGCAGAUGACCUGGCACACACCUUGUCACCAGCUUCUGGCACCUCACUAUCAGCUGAAGAGCCUAUGUCUCUCAUUCUACAUGAGAAGCUUGAUGGGCUGUGCAAUCAGAUUGGCUCCAUGAUUGGAGAUCUGCCCCAGCCUGAUUAUGAUCUGCUCAAGAAGGAUGAGGCUGGCAUGCCUCUCCAUGAGCUCUUUGCAGCCAUGAUGACCAACAAUGUCAGCACACAGAAUGCUGUUUUGGCCACCCUCAAGAAACAAAAUGGUAAAUCCUGCUGCUGGUGCCACCAACUGUUCAGAUCAUUUCUGAAAGGCCCUUCCAAGGUCUCCCUCAAGCUGGUCACUUGGGGCAUGAUGAUCAAUCACAUGUGGUCUUGUGUGAAGCCUCACAUGUACAGCAAGUACAAGGAAGCUUGCUGUGAGGCACUAGCUUGUCAACCAUGCUGGCACAAAGCAUGUUGUGGUCAAAUCUUGCUGCAAGACCAUGAGGAACUGGUCCACCAUAUCCUGUGCCACUACAAAGGGAUCAGUCAGAUCCUCAACCAUCUCACAUAUGUGCCAAACAGGAGCUAUAGGUGUCCCUUUGCAAUCAAUAGCAGAGCUGAGCAGUGCCAGUGGGCCUUGCAUUGGCAAGAAAGGAAGCCUUCAUCUCUUCUUGAUGUGAUGCAGCACCUUGAAACUGCACACAGAUUCCCUACAAUCACAUCUGACAUGACCAAGUAUUGUGCCUGGCACAAUAAGUGGACCUUUGGCCAUGAACAGACUAAUGGUCACUUUGAGAUGCACAUCAAUGCACUUCUCAGGGGCUAUGCCAAGCAAGAAGGCCCUGUUUGUCACUGCCCCUUUUGCAAUAAGCAAAAUCUGACAUAUGACUUCACCAAUCAUCUGCAAGAGCAUGACCUUGUCCUUGGAGCAAAAUCUCUGCUGCAUCAACCUGAUCUUGUCAGCAAGGGUUCAAGAGCUCAUGAAUGUAGGGAAAAUUGGAUCUCAUGGGUGCAGAGUAUCACUCCCUCACCACCACCACCUGCUGCUAUGUCAUCAAUUCAGAGUGCAGCCCAGAAAGAGAUCAAUGCAUCAAAGGCACAGGCAGUCACUGAUGCUGAGGUGCAAGUGGCUGGACAAGUUGGCCAUUCUGUGCUGCCCAUUUCAUUAACAGGUGCCACUCAAGAGGCAUCUUCAGCCAACUCAUCUUGCCCAAUGCUUUCAGCCUGUUGUCUUGGCCACUGUGGCAGGCUGUUGGUGGUUCACCAUGCAUGUCCAUUUUGUGCCCAAGAUGAGAGCCUCCUGGCCAAGCAAAGAAGUUGA